AGUACGGCGCGCGCAUGUUGACGCCCUGCAUCACACGUGACUAUAGGAGGCCAAGUAUCCACUAUAAAUGUAGACUCACUCAUUUAAUUUGUCUUCCCAGCAGCAGCAGGCUUUACCCAUCCCUUCUCCUCGGCUUCAUUUCCUCUGACAGGUUGCAGCAAUAAUGGGGAUAUCCAGAGCAAUACUGUCACCGCUGGACGUCGUCACACGCUUCAUUGAGAGUUUUCUCUUUGUCUUGGUGGACAGGUACGACACAUAUGUGUACACUCCCCUCCAGACGGCGCUGUCACCAGCAGUGGAACGUGUGCCAAGGUCUGUACAGGUCAAAGGUCAGGAUUACACUGUCUUCUCCGCCAACAUCGUGUCGUGGGCAAGAACAGUUCUGGUCAUCCCUAUCGCCGCCUGUCUCAAGUAUGACUACUGUUGGACGGCGUUUCUGCUGGUCCUGCUGCACGACUUUCUGGACCAUUUGGACGGCAUUGUGGCCAAAGUCCAGAGACGGACACUGGGACAGGUGGAUGACCCUCUCCUGGGGGGCUUCAUGGACGCCUUCUGUGAUAAGAUUGUAAAUGUCCUGGCACUGUGGUCUAUCACUAUGGUAACAGACUUCACUGGAAUGACGUGGGUGCAGGUGAUGCUGUAUCUCGCGCCGUGUGUGAUCAUCAUGGCGUAUGAGUUCACCCUGGGCGUGGUGCGCGUGCAAGACUACUUCCGGGCAUACUAUCUCAGGGAGUUCAAGAAGAGCGAUGAAAUCCCAAGUUCCACCACAGCCGCAAUUAUGGAAGGGAAGCUGAAAGAGAAGUUGGAGUCAAUGGGUAUCGCCUUUCUGUGUCUGGCCCAGUCUGCUGCCUCGGGGGUCUGCACCAUAUCUGGGAUCACGGGCUUAGUGUGUCUGACCCUUUCCAUCCGACUAGCACAUGCCAGUCUAGCGUCCAAGUUGAAGGCGCGACAGCCAGACUCACCACGAUCAGAUGCGCCGAUGAAGGAAGAAGAAGACGAGCUUGAGAAAGAGAAGGGACAAGAUAAGGAAAACGGUCGAAGGUCAACUGGAACUCAAGUUCAACCAAUGGAUGACGAGGAUGAAAAGUUGGAUAACAGCAAUAUUGUAAAUAAUGAGCUGUACGAGAAGAGGACGAUCUUGCAGGACUCCCUGCCCCUAACUCACCUGGACGCAAGGGUAGAGAGGGUGUACACUGUCGGCUGCUUCGACCUCUUCCAUCACGGCCAUGUGAAACUGAUGCAAAGGAUGAGGAAACUUGGGAAACAGGUUGUUGUCGGGGUCCACGACAGUCGAAGUAUAUGUACGCUGAAGAAGAGGGUUCCUAUUGACAGCACUCACACGAGGAUGAUGAAUGUCAAACAAUAUGCUGACGUGGUAUUCUGCGUUGCUGGCACGGAUCCCACCCCCUACAUCCGCGCAAUCUUCGACAACAAAACCGAGAGUGCCCUCUACGUCCGCGGUGACGACAUGCAGAACUUCCCUGCCCGUGAGCUGUGUGAGAAGCUGAUGACCAUCAAGUUCCUGCCCUACACAGAAGGAGUGUCGAGCACCAAGCUCAGGAAGGAAUAUUGUAACUCUUCUCAGUGGGACUCAAGAUUUGAGGACCUCAACCUCUUCUACUGAUCUGAUCUUUGCAGGACCUCCGCUUCUUGCCAACCAAUAACAUUAUCGUAACAUACACUUGUUGAGGUGCCAGUGUUACAGUUUGCACACACUUCACUGUAAAACUCUGGAACGAUGCUUAACUUAUUUUGAAUAAGUAUUAGUUGUUUCAAAAUAACAUUUCAACAACAUUCAGCCUUAUAUGGUUAUGAUGUUUCCUAGUUUCAAUCGAAUAGCUAUAGGAUGUAGAUACACCCUCUCUUUCGAAGCAAGACCUUUGUGAGUGGUAUUAGUGUCGUAAUACUCAACUCAGCUCUCAUUAUUUCAAAUUCAUAGUCUGACUCUGUAGUUUAUCCUCGUUACUGGCGAAUGGGCUGUGCUUAGAGCGAGUUUUCCGAGAGUAGGAGUAGAAACGGUAACUAAUUCUGGCCUUAAUCAUUGAGUCUUGAAGCUUUCUGGGUGGUCUGCUUUUUAGCUAUCCCUACUAGAAUACCCACUGGACAGCAUUAAACCCUACAAAAAAAAUAACCUUGUCGUCUGUUACUUAAUAAAUUAUUAAAGGGAUCAUGACAUCUCGCUAGUCCCUAGUCUUGUUUUUUUAGACAUAUAACAUAACUCGAAAUUUUAUUAUUGUUUUUGUCUGAUACACAAACUUUUAAUGUUUCAACUUUCAUUGUACGCAGUCACUGUCACAAGGCCAGACAAAACUGACUUUUCUAAUUAACCACAAAACAAAAUAACAGAGUAAGCAUUAGUUCCUGUUCACAGGGACUUUAUAAUGUCCCAAACACCUAGUCCAAAUGGAUGACGAUGCCUUUUUGUCAACUGAUAACACAAUGAGAACCCACUUUUUUACAUGUUUGAAGUGGAAUAUGUUAUUUCGGAGCAGGCGAAGGAAAGUGUAAUACAUGUUCCGUUUUUUUUAUAUUUCACUAUUCAAAAUGACCGAAAAGCAAUAUAUGUAUACACCAGAAUCAUUUCUUAUUUUGUGCUUAUUUAGAUUCAUACCAGUAGGCAUUGUUAAAAGGAAUAUUAAAAUUGAACAUUUAAGCAUAAAUUAUAGUGUACAUUAUGGUUGCUUGGGGAUUAUUACAUCCGAUAAUUUGUUAUAUUUAAAACGUUAUAUGACUGACGGUUGAAUUUACUUCUCCACAGAGGAAGCACCUAUGCCUAGUGUACAAGACUUGCAGUGUGUAUCUUAAUGUGUACGAGACAGAGCUGUCAUUCUGUGUACAUUCAGGCACCAUACGUGAUCAAUGUCAAGGCCACGUAAAAUGGAAUGGAAAAUGUAUUUUGCACUCCUAAACAAACCCUCACAACAGCGAAAGCCAUAUAUUUAUAUUCACGUGUUAAAUCUGUGGUGGGUGUGACAAAAUGUUUGGCAUUGACAAAAUAUGCUAAUGUCACUCGUCAGGUAGGAGAACAGUACGAAUCACUUUGUCAGAAAUGUCAGAAACAGAAUAAACGAAUCACAACUAAGGGUGAAGGUGUUGAACCCAUCCUGUCGAAGGACUUUGGAUCCCGUGGCCAUCUCUUCGUAAGAUCAAAAUAGAUCCAAAUUAAAAUAAGAUUAAAUUAAGGAGUUUAAUUCAUUUCAGUCAUUCUGUCUAAAAUCCAGUCUCAUUUUAUUUAAGCAGUAUGUACAUUGACUGAAAAUGUCAGUCACUAUGUAUAUUAACUGAAUGAAUCACUCAAUAUACAUAUUGACUGACAUAUUUAGUCACUAUACACAUUGUCUAAUUAUGUGUAUUGACUUAUAUAUAUUCAUAUCAGUAUCAAUGAUAUGUUUUAUAGGGGCAUCUUGUUUUCGGUACUCAUUGACUUUGUAUUUUCUCGUAAAUAAAAUACACUAGAAAGGU